AUGUCAAAUCCUAUCGAAAAACAUCUCAAACCGGCAGUUAUUCUCGGAACAAUGACAUUUGGAUAUCGUGAACAUCCACGAAUCGAUGAUCCAGAAGUAGUUCAGCAGAUUUUAGAUAUUUUUCGAGGAUUUGGACAUGAUGAAUUAGAUACUGCACGAGUGUAUUGCGGUGGAUCGACCGAAGAGUUAUUAGGUGAUUUAGAAAUAGUCACAAAACAAAAAUUUAAAAUUGCUACUAAAGUUACGCCGGAUCUAAAAAAAUCUGGAAAAAGUCCAAUAGAAAUCAUUGAAGGUCUUUUUCAAAGUUCAUUAACUGCUUUAAAAGUUCCAAAAGUCGAUUUACUUUAUCUACAUGCACCGGAUCAUACAACCCCGAUUGAAAUUACUCUUAAGGGAGUGCAACAAGUUUAUGAGAAGGGAUUAUUCAAGGAGUUUGGAUUAUCAAAUUUCACUGCUUGGCAAGUAGCUGAGGUUUAUUAUAUUUGCAAACAUAAUGGAUAUGUGUUGCCAACAGUUUAUCAAGGAAUGGUAAGCUAUGCAAUCACUCGUGAUGUGGAACACGAACUAUUCCCAGCACUGCGUAAAUUUGGCAUUAGAUUCUAUGCUUAUAAUCCAACUGCUGGUGGAUUAUUCGCGGGGAAAUUCACUUCACUUGAUUCAGAAAUUGAAAAAGGAUCGCGAUUUGAUCCAAAUCUGGUAAAUGGAAGAAUGUAUCGUGAAAGAUAUGGGAAACAAGCUUAUUUCGAGGCAAUAAACUAUAUAAAUUCCGUAGUCGCAAAACACAACAUCUCGACUGUUGAAGCAGGACUUCGUUGGAUAAAUCAUCACGGAAAAAUGGACGCAAAUUGCGGAGAUGCAAUCAUAAUUGGAGCAUCAUCAAUUGAACACACGCGAGAAAAUUUAGAGUUUCUCGAGAAAGGUCCAUUGCCCGAUGAUAUUGUACAAGCAUUUGAUGAAACUUGGCAUAAAGUACAGCCGUUUGUUCCUCCGUAUUUCCGUUAG